GCGCCACCUACAGCCUGGGAGGGUGAGCGUCAUGGCGGCUUCUUGCCCUCUCCCGGUGACCCCGGACCUGCCCACGCUGCGUGCCAAGUUGCAGGGACUGCUGCGGUUCCUGAGGGACACGCUGUCCAUUUCCAACGCACAUACGGUGGAUUUCUACACAGAAUCCGUGUGGGAGGAGCUGGUCGACUUGCCCCCGGAGACAGUGCUGGCUGCACUGAGGAAAUCAACUUCGGAGGCGGAGGCCCGGCUCUUAGAGGCGCGCCCCCUAAUGGAAGCAGAGGAGGAAACAGGUAUGAUUGAUUUUCCCAAAAUAUUUUGUGAAACUUCUCAGAAGCUGAUGAGUGUGGAAGCCUUUGCUCUGGCUGCGAAAUACUAUUCUGUACAAAACUUGGGAAUAUGUACUCCUUUUGAGCAGUUGCUGGUAGCCCUUCAAGGAAAUCAAAACCAGAGAAUCGGCAAAACUCUGAAGGCAGUUGAGUUUAUGAAUAUGAAGAAAUCUCAUGAAGUUCAGGCAAUGUCAGAGCUGAUCAGCAGCAUUGCUGACUAUUAUGGACUAAAGCAGGUGAUUGACUUGGGUUCCGGGAAAGGCUACCUAAGCUCCUUUUUGUCCUUGAAGUAUGGCUUAAAAGUUUAUGGAAUCGAUUCCUCAAAUACCAAUACUCAUGGAGCUGAGGAGAGAAACAGAAAAUUGAAGAAACAUUGGAAACUGUGUCAUGCUCAGUCAAGAUUAGAUGUCAGUGAACUGGCAUUAAAAAUGUCAAAAGAAAGGAAAGCGCAAAAUGCAAUUAAAAAUAAAACAGAUAUUGAGGAAGUUUUUAACAACAGUCUUAGAAAUCAAGAAAAGAUGUCUACCUCCGAUUUUUUACCUGAUUUUUCUGGCUCUGUAAUUUCUAAUAUCAGAAAUCAGAUGGAACCCCUACAUUCUCAGUCACAUCAGGAAGAAAAUUUGUGUUUUGAAAAUGUCUUUCCUCUUAUAGACCUUUUGCCUAUUAAUGCGAUAGAGCCUACUUCUUCACAGCAAAUACCCAACAGAGAAACAUCUGAAGUCAAUAAAGAGAGAAGAAAAAUGACAUCAAAGUCAAGAGAAUCAAAUAUAUAUUUACCUUUAACCUCCUUUAUCACUGCUGAUUCAGAACUCCAUGACAUUAUUGAAGAUUUGGAGGAUUGUUUGAUUGUAGGUCUACACACUUGCGGUGACCUGGCUCCAAAUACUUUGCGAAUAUUUACUUCCAACUCUGAAAUCAGGGGAGUUUGUAGUGUGGGUUGUUGCUACCACCUCUUAACUGAAGAAUUUGAAAACCAGCAUAAAGAAUGUACUCAGGAAAAGUGGGGAUUUCCAAUGUGCCGCUAUUUAAAGGAAGAGAAAUGGUGCUGUGGUCGUAAUGCCAGAAUGUCAGCAUGUUUGGCAUUGGAGCGAGUUGCAGUUGGCCAAGGGCUGCCUACUGAAUCACUCUUCUAUCGUGCUGUUCUUCAGGAUAUUAUUAAAGAUUGUUAUGGCAUCACCAAAUGUGAUCAGCAUGUUGGUAAAAUUUACUCCAAAUGUUCUUCAUUUCUGGAUUAUGUCAGAAGGUCUCUAAAGAAGCUUGGAUUAGAUGAGUCCAAGAAGAUCACAGUGAUACUAAUCUUUGGAUAACUUCCUCUAUCAACCUGAGAAUAUCAGGAACACUUCAGCCUCCUUGCCACUGGCUUUGUCUUCCCUGACUUCUUUGACAGGAUCUGCUGAUGCGUUCACCUUCACAUACACUUACUUUAGUUCUUAAGCCAGUUAUGUCCUAACCAAGAACCUUCAGUCCCACCCUCAAGUGGUGAGAACUAUCUCAGUUGCUAACCCAUCUUCUUAUCACAUAUGAUGUGGGGAGGGUCUCUGAACAACUGUAUCUGUCAUCUACUCAUCCAACCCAUACUCCAUAAAGUUAUAGUAUGUGGUCUACCUUUGCUUAUCUACACCCCCCUUAUAUAGAUUUAUUUUUUUUAAUUGAAUAAACAAAUACAUGGAGGAGAAGAGACAAAUGUCCCAUGGAAAAGAGCUCCAAAUAAUUUAUAUAGAUAUUUUCCCCUCGAGGAGAUAAAGAAAAACUCCCCAUGUUUUAAGUGUGGCCUGUGCAUAAUGACUUUUUUCCGAAGAGCAUAAGUAUGUGAAGCAGGGAAAACGAGGAACUUUCCAGUGAAGAACCUGACAAACAGAAUCUCAGCCAGGUAAUCAAGGUCAGCAUCAACAGUGAUAAUUCAUGUUGAUAGUAUGUACUCCUGUUAUAAGGUAAGGAAUAUGGUGCUUUAUUCCUGUAGUAUUUCUUUCAAAAACCUAUCCCUAAUCUGUAUAUGAGAAAAAUAUCUGAGAAAUCCCAGUGGAGAAACAUGUACUUCUCAAAACUGUCAAGGUCUGCAAAAACAAGGCAAGUCUGAGAAACUGUCAAAGCCAAGAGGACUAAUUUCAAUGUGGUUUCCUGGAUGGAAUUCUAGACCUGGAAAAGGACAUUACAUAAAAACUAAGGAAAUUUGAUUAUAAUGUGGACUUUUGUUAACACUAAUGUAUUAAUAUUGGUUUACUAAUUAUAACAAAUAUACCAUAUUGUAAAAUGUUAACAAGAGAAGAAAAAAGUAUAGAGUAUAUGGAAAUUCUCUGUCCUCAAAAUUUCUGUAAAUCAAAACUGUUAUAAAAUGUAUUUAUUUUUUAGGAACAUCAUGAGAUAACUAAUGUUUACCAAACCUUUGCUUUAUGCCAGGCACUAUGCUAAAAGCUUUGUUUAUAUUAUCUUAUUGAAUACUAAGGAUGGCCUUAUGAAAUAAGUGACAUUAUUAUUGUUUUAUAGAUGAGGAAAUUGAGACAGAAGUUAAGUGGAUUUCUUUAGGACAAAAUCUAGGAAAUUUGGGAGGAGAGAUUCCAAUCCAGAUGCGUAACUCUAGAACUGAUGCUUCUGUUUGUCAUACUUACAUAACUUAUUAACAGACUUGAGUACAAGAAUGCUUGUUUGGCGUUUUUCCAAAACUAGCAAUCGUCAGGCAAACAAACCUAUGAGAAAAAAUACAGAGAAAAUUCAUGUUUGUCAACAGACAAAAUAAAUGUACUUCUGAAACAGAUUAAGGAAUUAAAGUUUGAAAUAAAGGCAGAAAAAAAAGCAAGAAAUGAUGAAUCUUACUGAAGAGUUAAAGAAGACAUGCUUGUAUCCAGGACUUUAACUCAUGAAAGUCUGGCUGAUAGGAUGAAACUGGUCAAAUAUAUGAAACAUUUUGGGUGCUAAGACAUAUACUGUCUAAUGCACAGAAUAAUAUCAGAGUUAAAAUCACUGUCAACAAACUACAAGGAAAGUGGGAAGAAAAAAAAA